CACACACACACACACACACACAAUGGGAGUGGGAAUGCACGUGAAAACCGACUCGGAGGUCACCAGCAUCGACGCGUCGACGCCGCCGCGCUCGCCGCGGCGGCCGCUGUACUACGUGCAGAGCCCCUCGCACUCCCACAACGACCUCGAGAAGAUGUCCUACGGCUCGAGCCCAUUCGGCUCGCCGGCCCACCACCACUUCCACUACCACUGCUCUCCCAUCCACCACUCGCGCGAGUCCUCCACUUCCAGAUUCUCCGUCUCCCUCAAGAACCCCAAAAACGCCGCCGGCGGCUGGCGCCUCAUGCAGAGGAAGUACAGCGAGAUCGAUGAGGAGGAGGAGGAAGACGGCGGAGACGACGGGGAGGCCGCCGGCGGGCAACUGAGGUUUUAUGCGGUCUGUUUUGUGUUGGCGUUUGUUGUCCUGUUUUCGAUCUUCUCGUUGAUUCUGUGGGGCGCAAGCUUGGCUUACAGGCCGAGGAUUGUCGUGAAGAGCAUUUCUUUUAGGGAUUUCAAAAUUCAAGCUGGGAUGGACCCCACCGGUGUACCAACGGAUAUGUUGACCUUGAAUUCCACGGUGGCUAUUUCUUACCGGAAUCCGGCCACCUUUUUCGGCGUCCACGUCACCUCCACCCCUCUUGAGCUUCACUAUUUGGGCCUCAAAAUUGCUUCGGGUCACAUGAACAAGUUUUAUCAAUCGAGAAAGAGCCAACGGAGGGUUAUAGCUUUGGUUCAAGGGCAUCAAGUGCCACUUUAUGGAGGAAUGCCUUUGUUCGUUAGUGCUAAAGACCAUCUCGAAAGCACGUCUGUGCCUCUGAACCUAACGUUCGUGAUGAGAUCAAGAGCUUACAUUCUGGGGAAGCUCGUCAAGACAAAGUUUUACCGACAUGUGCUAUGUGCGUUUAAUUUCAGAGGUAACCAUCUGGGGAAGCCUCUCAACUUUACAAAACUCGAGUCUUGUGUUUACCGUUAGGGGCGGCCUUUUGUAAUGGAUAACUAACUCUAUGAUGUUGUUGUAAUUGGGAUAACUUUGGUUGGUGCAUUGGCAAUAAAAUGCCUUAUCUAAUUUAAGUUUGUUGUUCUCAAAGUGUGCAAGUUUACGAAGAAAUCAUAGCUUUCAGAGUAAGAAAAAUUCAUUGCAGAGAAUAUAGGGCUGCAAACGAGCUGAGCCGAGUCGAGCGUGGACCUUGUCAAGUAUAGAUAAUUUUUCAUUGCUCGAGCUUGACGAGCCAUGAAAAUGACGCUCGAGCUCGAC